AAUAAUCUCUUGUCUGUUUGUAAAAGAAAAUCAGAGAUUGCAGACUGCAAAUCCUUGUUCAGUUCUCAUAUCUAAAAAAGAAAUGCGAAUAAAAGAAAACCAUCAUGCUGCAGAAGAAGAAAAGACAAGCGAGAGGUCAGUAAAGGUAUUGCUAUCUGGUAUGUUCAGCAGGAAGAAGAAGAAGAGAUCAGCACCACCAAAUGAAGAUUCGUGUUUGAUGAUGAAAAGAGACAAAACUAAUAAUAAGAAUGUGCAUAUGUCUCUGUCUGAGAUGAUGAGGAGGCUGAAACAUUCUUUCAUAAACAAGGAGAAACCGCAACAUGACAAUAAGCGGUUACUAGUACUGGGGAAGAAUAAGGGAAAGAGUUUAUCAACAACAACAACAACAACAAAAGAUCAUUUCUUUCUCGAGCGGAUGACUUCAACAUCUCAGAAGAGGUUUGUCGUCAAGGAGAAGAAACAUAAUCUGUCGUCUGAGAAUGGAGAUUCCGACCAACACUUGGCAACGAGUGAAGAAUAUGCUCAAAGAAAUAUGGUAUCCCUGCUCCCAGGGUAUUCGUCUCCUUUUAGAAGUCCUGGAAAAAUAUGGGACCAGAAGAAUCCAACUCUGCUUUCCAGAUCUGCUCCAGACGAUUUCAUGAAAUCUGAAACAUUGGCAGAGAUAGAAAGUGCUUCGUUAAGCCAAGAUAGUAGCAGCCUUUCCGUGUCUAAUAGCAGUCACAACUUCGUCACCUUUGAGAUAUCAGAACUUAAAACUAAUUCUGAUGUGGAGGAAGAUGAGGUUGGUUAGUUUGCAAAAUUUUAGUUGAAUUUAUUAUUGUUCUAUGCAUAUUCUUUUGUUAUCAUGGAGAAACAGAGAAGAAUUAUAUGGUUAUUUCUUUUUUUUUUUCUUUUGGUUCUAACAGAGCUUCCAUGAAGAGAGCCUACCACAACCAUCUAUUCUCUCUGCGGCCUCAACAUGUCACUAUAUAUCUAGAACUGAUGAAUACAAA